GAGGAAAAAAAAAAAAAAAAAACUUUUUUUUUUUUAAUUGAGGAAUCAACAGCCGCCAUCUUGUCGCGGCUCGGUCAGCGCCGGAGAUCCCGGGGCCCUGCUGCGCGGAGAGGGGAGGAGAGGGCGGCCCGGAGAGGCAGGGGGGGCGGCUGGCUGGCUCUCCCCUACCCCCCGGAGGACGCUCCUGCUUGUUCCUUAAUCCGAUGCCCCGUGUGGCGGCGGAGGCUGCUCAUUGUUUUCCCUCCCCUCCCGGAGGAGGGGGAAGCGGCCGCACGGUUGCGUGGGCGGGCGGAGAGGACCGGCAUCGGGGGCGGGCUGGGAGCCAGGCCUGACGCAGCCCCGGGGACCAGAGAGCGGGGCCUAGCCUCUUCCGUGCCCGGUGCUCGCCCGACAAGCGCCCCCUACCCCCCCGACAAUCUCCACCCAAGGGGGGGAGGGUACCCCAAAUUCCCGCACCCCUCCUUACCCCUGCCAUUGGCCGUUUGUGCGAGCCAUCCAUUGGGGGUUGCCGGGACUUUGCACCCAGGGGGCCAGCUGCUCUUUUUUUGGGGUGUCAUUGGGGUUUUUGGGGCGCCAGUAGAGUCAUAGUAGUGGGGUGUCCCAGGGGAAAUUUGCAGGAAGCUGUCUCCAUUGGCAGCUGACAUUUGGGAGGUGUAAGGUGCUUAGGGUGGUAUUUUGGGGGCACCUGUUUUUAGGGUAACACAAGACACUUUGCAGGUUACCACAGUGUGCAUUUGCAGGGGAUGUUAUUUUCCAGGGGGAGUUGACAUUUUUGGGGUGUAACGGGGUUAGUGUAGGUCCUGUUGGGCGGUUGUUUUGGUGGGGUCACAAGUGAUUUUUCCCUGGGUCGUGUUACCUGUCACACAGGUGACACUGACAGCUAAGCCCAUUGUGAUUCAAGGCCCCAUUGCCCGCACCUGGGGUAACUGUCACAGGGUUUCCUCACCAAUUCCAGGGGUUUCCACUCCGGGCUCACUGACAGGGGGGUUCCUGAUUCCAGCAGCGAUUGGGGGACUCUGCCCACGGGGUCCCCCUGGGAUGCAGGACUCGGGGGGCUGUUGAGCUCUAGUAGUAACGGGCCCAGGCAUCCCUAUCCCCCCCUCCUUGCUGCCCCUCCUUCAGGACAGAGCCUUGUCUGCCUUCUGCGACCGAACAGAAAAGGGGGAGAAGAUGGCCGAGAACCUGCUGGAUGGGCCUCCUAAUCGGAAGAGACCCAAACUCAGCUCGCCUGGCUUCUCGGCCAGUGCAGACAGCACAGAUUUUGGAUCUUUUUUUGACUUGGAAAAUGACCUUCCUGAUGAAUUAAUUCCCAAUGGAGAUCUCAACCUCUUGGGCACUGGUGGGGGUCUGGGACAGGAUGCGGUCUCCCAAAACAAGCAGCUUUCUGAUCUCCUCCGUGGAGGGAAUCCAGGACUGGGCGCCGGCAUGGGAAGAGGAGGCUCUGGUAGCCCUGUACAACAAAGUAUGGGAGGCCAGGGACAGCAAAACAGCCCGGGCCUUGGCAACAUGGGCAGCCUUAACAAGAGCCCACUCAACCAAGGACUGUCUGCCACCCCUCCCUCCGGAUUGAGCAAGCAAACAACGGGCACACCCGGUUCAUCUGUUCCCACCGCCCAGUCGCAGAAGCAAGUCGGCAUGGUGGCGGGGAGUCCUGCCGCUCCACAGGCAUCUGCAGGUAUCUGCAUGAACUCUAACUUCAACCAAGGACAUCAAGCACUGCUAAAUAACAAUGCUGGGCACACACUAAUGAGCCAAGCCCAGCCAGCACAGGGACAGGUCCUGAACGGGUCGCUGGGCCCGGGCAGCCGAGGCCGGGGAGCAGGAUUGCAGUACAACUCUCCAGCCUUGCAGACUAACCCUGGCAGCGUUCUCGCGGAAACACUGACGCAAGGCACCGCGACUAUGCCGGCUCACACGGGAAUGACCACUGCUCAGGCAGGACCCAUGACCAAAAUCGGCCUUCAGGGCAACAGCAGCCCUUUUGGACAGAAUUUCAACCAAGCACCUGGACAACAAAUUCGAGCCCAGGGGGUAAAUCCUCAGCUUCCCACCAAGCCUGGCAUGGCAAAUAGCCUUCCACCAUUCCCCUCCGAUUUGAAAAGCUCACCUGUCGCCAAUGUGUCCAGCAUGUCUCCCUUGCAAGCUCAAGUCCAACAAGUAGGCAUUGGUGCCACUCCAUCCAUGGGAACUGGCCCCACCGCUGACCCAGAAAAACGCAAGCUCAUCCAGCAGCAGCUGGUUCUCCUGUUACACGCCCACAAGUGCCAGCGGCGGGAGCAAGCCAAUGGCGAGAUGCGGGACUGCGCGCUACCCCACUGUCGUACCAUGAAGAACGUGCUGAACCACAUGACGCACUGCCAGGCUGGGAAAGCCUGCCAAGUUGCCCACUGCGCUUCCUCGAGGCAGAUCAUUUCACACUGGAAGAACUGUACGCGGCACGACUGCCCUGUGUGCCUACCUUUGAAGAAUGCCAGUGACAAAAGGAACCAGCAGCCUCUCCUGGGAUCUCCUUCCAGCGGGGUGCAGAACUCCAUCGGGACGGUGGGUGGCAGCCAGCAGACUGCGCCGUCACUCAGCAGCCCUAAUCCCAUCGAUCCUAGUUCCAUGCAAAGGGCGUACGCUGCAUUGGGUCUUCCCUAUGGUAACCAGUCCCAGGUAUCGGGGCAGCAGCCGGCACAGACUCAGGUUCACCAGAUCCGCGGCAUCAAUGCACUGAGUGGCAAUCAGAUAACCCUCUCUGCUGGAGGAAUGGCUGCCGAUCAGCAGACCAACCUGAUCAGUGAAGCGGCUCUUCCCACUGCCCUGACAAGCACAAACUCAUUGCUGAAUGACGGUAACGGUCCCGGUGGGGUCUGCAGCUUAGGCGGCAGUGUCGGCAGCUUAGGCACUAUGCCUACCGCUGCGCCCCCUUCUAGCACUGGUGUGAGGAAAGCCUGGCACGAACAUGUGACUCAGGAUCUCCGAAAUCAUCUUGUCCACAAGCUGGUCCAAGCGAUUUUCCCCACUCCCGAUCCAGCAGCCCUGAAAGAUCGGCGUAUGGAAAACCUGGUGGCUUAUGCCCGAAAAGUUGAGGGUGAUAUGUAUGAGUCUGCCAACAGCAGGGAUGAAUACUACCAUUUGCUGGCUGAAAAGAUCUAUAAAAUCCAAAAGGAGCUGGAAGAGAAGCGAAGGUCACGUUUGCAGAAGCAAGGGAUUCUGGGUACCCAGGCCAACUUACAGACGCCUGGAACACAGGCUCCCACUCUUCCACAGGCGGCCGCUGCGCUGGGCCAAGCACAACCUGUCCGGCCAGCCAAUGGCCCUCUCCCGAUGUCUUCGGUUCCUAUGAGUAGAAUGCCACUGACUGCAGGAAUGAACCAGUUUAACAGCAUGUCCAUCGGGAAUGUCCAGAUUCCUUCUGCCCCCAUGGGCCCCCGUGCAGCAUCCCCACUAAACCACCCCACGCAAAUGAACAACAUGGGUUCCGUGCCUGCAAUGGCGAUGUCUCCUUCCCGCAUGUCCCAGCCGCAGAGCAUUAUGGGAGCACAUGGCAAUAACCUGAUGGGCCCAGCACAGACUCAGAGCCAGUUCUUGCAACAAGGGCAGUUCCAGAGCAAUGCUGCAGGUUUAGGAGUAGCAUUGGGACAGACGGGAGCGGCGGCUGCAGUGUCCCAGCAGGGACAGGCACCCACUGCAUCUCUGCCAAUCAGCAACUCCAUGAACCUGUUGGGUCCCCAAACCAGCCAGCUGCCACGCCCAGCUCUCUCCCAGUCUCCCCUCCAUCAGAAUCCUCCUCCUUCGGUCACCGCUUCAGCUGCCGGUAUGCCUCCUGUCCAGCACCCGACACCCGCUGGGAUGACGCCACCUCAGCCUGCCGCUCCUGCCCAGCCAUCCACUCCGCUGCCCCCAGUCGGACAGACACCAGCUCCCACACCCGGCUCCGUCCCGAACUCUAUGCAGACGCAGAGCACCCCGACAGUACAAGCUGCUGCCCAGGCUCAGCUCACUCCGCAGCCACCUACCCCAGUGCCCAGUCAGUCUGUGCCCACCCCACAGCCAUCUCAGAUACAACCCGCAUCUGUCCAUGCAGCAGCCCCAGGCACUCCAUUAUCCCAGGCAGCUGCAAGUGUUGACAACCGUGUGCCCACACCUGCCUCCGUGGCCAGUACAGACAACCAAUCUGCCCCCGAUCACCCAAUGACAGAUGUCAAGCAGGAGGUCAAAACUGAUGAGCAGGAGCCUUGUGAGAACCAAGUGGAGCCCAACAAAACAGAGGUGGAAGAGGAGUUACCCACGCAAAUAAAGGAAGCCCCAUGUGAAGGCCCAGAGCCAAAACCGGAGCCAAUGGAGGUCGAGGAAAAUAAAUCAGAGGUGAAAACGGAGCCCAAGGAAGAGGAGGAGAAUUCUGGCAACAGUACUACCCCUCCGUCCACGUCGCCCUCCCAACCACGGAAGAAGAUUUUUAAGCCAGAGGAGCUACGCCAGGCCUUGAUGCCUACCCUUGAAGCACUAUAUCGGCAGGAUCCGGAGUCGUUGCCUUUCCGGCAGCCAGUUGAUCCGCAGUUGCUAGGAAUCCCUGAUUACUUUGACAUUGUGAAGACCCCCAUGGACUUGUCCACUAUCAAGCGGAAGCUCGAUACAGGGCAGUACCAAGAGCCAUGGCAGUAUGUGGAUGAUGUAUGGCUCAUGUUUAACAAUGCCUGGUUGUAUAACCGCAAGACUUCCCGCGUUUACAAGUACUGCACCAAGCUUGCAGAGGUGUUUGAGCAAGAGAUCGAUCCUGUCAUGCAGUCUCUGGGCUACUGCUGUGGCCGUAAGUUUGAGUUCUCACCGCAGACGUUAUGCUGCUAUGGGAAGCAGCUGUGUACAAUCCCUCGGGACGCUGCCUACUUCAGCUAUCAGAACAGGUAUCACUUCUGUGAAAAGUGUUUCACAGAGAUUCAGGGGGAAAAUGUUACUUUAGGAGAUGAUCCUUCACAGCCUCAAACACUGAUGGACGAGAAAAAUGGAAGGCGAUGCUUUCAGCUGAACAAAAUGACAAUUUGCAAAGAUCAGUUUGAGAAAAAGAAGAAUGAUAUGCUGGAUCCUGAGCCGUUUGUGGAUUGUAAGGAGUGCGGACGGAAGAUGCAUCAGAUCUGUGUGCUACAUUUUGACAUAAUUUGGCCGUCAGGAUUUGUCUGUGAUAACUGCUUAAAGAAAACUGGACGGACACGUAAAGAAAAUAAAUUCUGUGCAAAGAGGCUUCAAACAACUAGACUAGGAAAUCACCUGGAGGAUCGCGUUAACAAGUUCCUUCGGCGGCAGAACCAUCCGGAGGCGGGCGAGGUCUCAGUCAGGGUGGUUGCCAGUUCGGAUAAGAUGGUGGAAGUCAAGUCUGGCAUGAAAUCCAGGUUUGUAGACACGGGCGAGAUGCCGGAUUCCUUCCCGUACCGCACGAAGGCUCUGUUCGCCUUUGAGGAGAUUGAUGGGGUGGAUGUGUGCUUCUUUGGUAUGCACGUGCAAGAAUAUGGGUCAGAGUGCCCGCUUCCCAACACCAGACGUGUAUACAUCUCGUACCUGGACAGUAUUCACUUCUUCCGGCCGCGUAGCCUCCGAACAGCCGUUUACCAUGAAAUACUCAUUGGGUACUUGGAAUACGUGAAGAAACUUGGCUACGUAACAGGACACAUUUGGGCCUGCCCUCCAAGUGAAGGAGACGAUUACAUCUUUCACUGUCACCCAGCCGACCAGAAGAUCCCCAAACCGAAACGUUUACAGGAGUGGUACAAGAAGAUGCUGGACAAAGCCUUUGCGGAGCGUAUUAUACAUGACUAUAAGGACAUAUUUAAGCAGGCCACAGAGGAUCGGCUUACCAGUGCCAAGGAGCUUCCAUAUUUUGAAGGGGACUUUUGGCCUAAUGUGCUGGAAGAAGGUAUAAAGGAAUUAGAGCAGGAGGAAGAGGAGCGGAAAAAGGAGGAGAGCACAGCAGCGUGUGAGAUCCCUGAGGGCUGCCCGGGAGACAUCAAAAAUGCCAAGAAAAAGAACAACAAAAAGACCAACAAGAAUAAAAGCAGCAUGAGUCGGUCCAACAAGAAGAAAACCAGCAUGCCCAACGUGUGCAAUGAUCUGAGCCAGAAACUCUAUGCCACCAUGGAGAAGCAUAAAGAGGUGUUUUUUGUGAUACACUUCUAUGCAGGGCCAGUGAUCAACUCCCUCCCACCUAUAGUGGACCCAGAUCCCAUGCUUAGCUGUGACUUGAUGGACGGGCGAGAUGCGUUUCUGACACUGGCCAGGGAUAAGCACUGGGAGUUCUCCUCAUUGCGCCGCUCCAAGUGGUCCACACUGUGCAUGCUGGUGGAACUGCACACCCAGGGCCAGGACAGAUUUGUCUACACCUGCAACGAAUGCAAGCAUCACGUGGAGACUCGCUGGCACUGUACUGUGUGUGAGGAUUAUGAUCUGUGUGUGAACUGCUACAACACCAAGAGCCACGAGCACAAGAUGGUGAAGUGGGGUCUGGGACUGGACGACGAGAGCAACAGCCAGGGAGAGGCGCAGUCCAAGAGUCCGCAGGAGUCGCGCCGACUGAGCAUCCAACGCUGUAUCCAGUCUCUGGUGCACGCCUGCCAGUGUCGCAAUGCCAACUGCUCGCUGCCCUCAUGCCAGAAAAUGAAGCGGGUCGUGCAGCACACGAAGGGAUGCAAGCGCAAAACCAAUGGAGGAUGUCCCGUCUGCAAGCAGCUCAUUGCCCUGUGCUGCUACCAUGCAAAACACUGCCAGGAGAACAAGUGCCCGGUCCCUUUUUGUCUGAACAUCAAGCAGAAGCUACGGCAGCAGCAGAUUCAACACAGAUUGCAGCAGGCGCAGCUCAUGAGGCGGCGUAUUGCUACCAUGAACACACGUACAGCUCCUCAACAGCCUCUGCCCUCCCCUACCCCUGCCACUCCUGGAACACCCACGCAACAACCCAGUACCCCACAGACUCCACAGCCUGCACCUCAGCCUUCCCCAGGAGGCAUGGCCUCUCCAGGCUUCCCCAGUGUGACUAGGACUCAGCCCCCCAACGUGGCAUCCCAGGGAAAGCCAACCAGUACACUGCCUGUUGUUUCUCCCUCUCAGUCCACUGUACAGCCACCGCCAGCUGCUGUUGCAGCUGCCCGCCAGAUAGAACUGGAGGCACAGCAGCAGCAGCAGCUCUAUCGAGUUACCAACAUCGAAAGUAUGACUAGUGUGCGCCCAGGCAUAGUAAGUCCAACCGUAGGACCCGUAAGUGCUUUGCCGCAAAUGAAUAUGAAUGUGCCACGCCCAGGUCCAAUUGCUGCCCCACCUAUCAUGGCCGGCAUGCAGCCAGGGCAGUGGUCUACGGCUCCAAUGCCUCAGCAGACGCCAAUGCAGCAGAGUAUACCGCGGCCAGUGAUGCAGAUGGCUGCAGCCCAGCAAGCGGUGGCGGGGCCUCGACUGCAAGGCGUUCCACAGCAGCAGGCCCGAACCAUAUCACCUAAUGCUUUGCAAGACCUCUUACGUACCCUAAAGUCCCCCAGCUCUCCUCAGCAGCAGCAACAGGUGCUUAAUAUCCUGAAGUCCAACCCUCAGUUGAUGGCUGCUUUUAUCAAGCAAAGGACUGCCAAAUAUGUGGCGAGCCAGCCAGGCAUGCAGCCACAACAGGCGCCCCAGCAGCCACCACAACAGCAGGGCAUGCACCCACAGCCUGGCCUGCAGACCAUGAGCCCCAUGCAGGUCGGGGUGCAACGGCCCACUGUUCCUCAGCAACAGCCGGGGAUGAAUCCGCAGACCCAGGGCAUCAGUCUCAUGAAUCCAGCUCACAAUCCCAGCUUAGCGAAUAUGAACCCACAAUAUCGAGAAAUGCUGCGGAGGCAGAUAAUGCAACAGCAGCAGCAGCAAAGUGGAGCAGGCAUGGCCGGUGGGAUGCCAGCCCAUGGGCAGUUCCAGCAGCCGCAAGGAGGAUAUCCACAGUCGCAGGCGUUACAGCAGCAGCGCAUGCAGCAGCAUCUCUCCAUACAAAGUGGAGCCAUGGGGCAGAUCUCGCAAAUGGCCCAGCAAGGACUGGGCACAGAUGGGGCACCUCCGACCAUCCAGCAAGCAUUGCAACAACGACUUCAACAGCAGCUCAAGCAGCAGAUUGCUUCCUCUGGCCAGCCCAACCCCAUGAGUCCUCAGCAGCAUCUCCUGACUGGCCAGCCCCCUUCCACGCAUCUUGCCCCAGGCCAACAAAUUGCAACUUCCCUCAGCAAUCAGGUGCGCUCGCCUGCCCCCGUCCAGUCACCCCGCCCUCAGUCGCAGCCUCCACAUUCCAGCCCCUCACCCCGUGUACAGCCGCAGCCCUCUCCUCACCACGUGUCUCCACAGACGGGCUCGCCUCACCCAGGCCUGGCAGCCUCUAUGGGCACCUCCUUAGACCAGGGUCACCUGGGUAACCCAGAACAGAGCGCCAUGCUUCCACAGCUGAAUCCUCCCAACCGUGGCGCCCUAACAAAUGACUUGUCUCUUGUUGGAGAUACUUCAGGGGAUACCUUGGAAAAGUUUGUUGAGGGAUUGUAGCAUCCACAGAAUGCCAGUGAACUUGGAGUACUGCAAUGGUGGAUGGAGAAGGGGCUCACUCCCCCAACGCCUCCACUUUUCUCCCCACUUUGUUAUAUAUAAAUAUAAAUAUAUAAAUAUCUAUCCCUCCCAUUCCUUCCACCCUUCAAUGGACGUUAUUUUAUUUCUUAUGUUUGCCUACUCAUUGCUGGUCUGCACAUCAGGGACACAGGGUCACAGUCUGGACUGAGACCACCGCCCAUUUGCCAGAUUUCAGACCCCUGCACUGUCAGAGGGGGGUUGGCAAAGCGUUGCUGAGCACCGCCGUCACCCUUUUCUAGCAUGGUCAGUGGCUGCUCGGACUUUCAACACAACUGAAGAUUUUGUGUUUCUGGGGUUUUCUUUUCUCCUUUUUAAGCUAUCCGGAUGGCCAAAAUCCAUACCUCCCUCCCCUUGUUGGGUUGCUAUGAAUUUCCACCAUCGGUCUGUAAUGCAAUAGGCCAGGCAGCGAUAGAGGAACUUACCCUCUCUUCCAUCCUCACUUUGUGAGGAGCACGCCUCCUUCUCUGCCAGGCGGGUGCAGUAUUGCUUCUGGCAGUGAAGGGGUGAACUCUUAAUUACGCUAAUAUGUGUGUAAUUAUUUACAUUUUCUUCAUUUUCGAGGACUGUCUUAUUGGGUAUUUUUCUCCUGCAGAUACAGAGCCUAAAACAAAGUAGGGGAGGGGGUGUCUUUUUUUGCCACUUGUAAUUACAUCUGUCCUUUCCAAACUAGGAGGAGGUUCCUUUUUUUCUCCAUAUAUGUUAACAUGGAGUUCUGGGAUGGUAUUUCUGUGGAUCACUUUUUCCAUCUCUCCAAAAAAAACAAACCCCAGACUACCGAAAGCUCUUCCACCAAAAUCUUCCCAGCAAAAUCCCCCUACCCUGUUCAGAGGGGUGAAGCCGUGCAAUCUGAUUUUCAUUAGCCUACCCCCUCCUAAUUAUUAUUUUUUUUUGUAUUGGCUGGGGCAUGAAAUGGAAAAUGGCUCCCACGAACUUUGGAACUACCACGAAAUCGAGGGGGGCGGGGGACAAAAAGCAAACGACAAAUAAAAAAACCACAAGCAAUCAAAAGUGUAAAUCAUGCCGGUCCUUACCAGUUAUACAGAGAGGGGUGGGCAAACGCAAAAAAAGACUGAAUCAUUGUACAGAACGGUAGAAGGCGCGACAAAACCCGGGAGCAUUUCUUAACCUAUAUGACAUUGUUAACUGCUAUACUGUCAGAGGGGGCAGGCAAUCUUUCUAUGACCCUCUGGCAGGAAAGUGGUGGGAAUUCUGUCUUGACAGCAGCUAUUUUCAUGCUGAGUAAAAGUGUAUAUGGUAUUAAAA